AUGACCGUUCCUGUAACUGUAUUGACUGGAUUCCUUGGAAGUGGCAAGACAACUCUCCUCAACUACAUUUUGAAAGAGCAGCAUGGCAAGCGAGUGGCCGUCAUUGAGAAUGAGUUUGGUGAAGUGGCAAUCGACGAUGGGCUGGUAGUGGUGGAUGCUGGUCAAGAGAUAUACGAGACUCAAAAUGGAUGUAUAUGCUGCAAAGUACGAGGGGACUUGGUGCGUAUCCUGCAUGACUUGAUUGAUAGCAAAAAGCCUUUGGAUUUGAUCCUUAUUGAAACAACCGGCAUGGCGGAUCCAGGUCCCGUUGUCCAAACCUUUUACAUGGAUGAAAAAGUGCAGGCAGCAUUUCGGAUGGAUUCUAUCAUUACCAUGGUGGACGCUAAGCACGCCAAUAUGCAACUCGAUCAAACCCCUGAAGCCUAUCAACAAAUCGCCUUUGCAGAUGUCCUUUUACUCAACAAGGUGGAUCUCGUACAGCGGGCUGAGCGAGACAAGCUGAUCAAACGGAUCAAGGAGAUCAAUGAUGUGGAUAUUGUUCCUUGCGAAUAUGGUCGUGUCGAUCUUGACAAGAUUAUCAACAUUGGUGGAUUUGAUCUUGAGCGUGUUUUGGAAAGAGAACCGGCCUUUUUGAAAGAAGACGAUGACCAUCACCAUGAACACGAACGACAUGAGGGUAGCAUCACAUCCGUUGGUAUCUGUGAACCAGGCGCAUUGGACUUUGAUCAUUUGAAUCGGUGGAUCCAAAGUGUGUUAGCAUCUCUCGGCCCCAAUAUUUAUCGCAUGAAAGGCAUCUUGAAUGUCGAGGGAGAAGAGGAUAGAUACGUUUUUCAGGGUGUACAUAUGGUAUUCGACGGCCAACAAGAUCGGGCAUGGGGACAAGAUGAAGAUCGUAUCAACAAAUUAGUGUUCAUUGGGAAGAACCUGAAGCGUCAAGUGCUUGUAGAUAGCUUUAGACAAUGCAUAAUCAAAUCAUAA